AUGCUACCGGCAGAAUCACGUCGAUCGUGGCUCGUGAAAAUAAAGUGGAAAUCCUGGAUCGCGUUGCCCACCUUGCUCGGUGCUUUGUGGUUUCUCACGCUAAUAGUUUGCUUCGCGUGGUCAAAGUCCUACGCGCACGUUGGUCCUGGGUUCCCUUAUAUUAGCGACAUUGGUGCCCAUCCACCGGAAAGUUGCCUAUUUUCGCUAAUGUGCAACAUGAUGACGUUACUCGUCGGCGUCAUCGUUUACAUCAGAUACAGGCUCGUGAGGUUCGUGUGCGAUCGCGCAACAUUCGAAGAAAAGCCCACGACGGUGAAGAUGAGCAAGAUAUCCGUGGUAGCUGGUUUCCUUGCCGUUGCAUUUCUCCUGAUUUACAGCAACUUCCAGAAGAUCUAUAUGCCUGUGGCACAAGCUAUGGGCACACUAGGCGCCAUAAUUUGCCUCCUGGUGUACCAGUGGAGUGAUAGUGUAGUCUCGUUGCACGUAUAUCCGGCAGUAGGGUCGAAGCGAAUGAUACCGGUGAGGUUCGGGAUAGCUUUCCUAUGCAGUAUCACGUUCAUCCUUGCCCUGACGUACUCCUUGAUGACAUAUUUGAAUUUUGGGUUGAUAGAUUGGCGACACUGGAGCAAAUACAGCAGCGAAUACGCGUCGCAUCUAGUGGCAGCCGUGGCCGAGUGGAUCACGUCUAUUUUGGCGGUGUCGUAUUUCAUAUCCUUUGCUCAAGAGUUUAAGCAUCUGGAGUUCGCAGAACCACCCAUAGGCGAGAAAUGCAUCAGUCAUUGUCCAUAA